CAGCGGGAGGUGCUUGUGGGAUUUGAACCCAGGAGCGUGUGUCCGCUUGUCUGCGUUUCUCCGUCAAGCCAAGCUAGCGGCGGCGGAGAGAGAGGGAGAGGAAAGGAGGGCGACCAGGCUGGCCUGUAAGCCGAUCAAGGUGGAAUCUCACGCAGCGAGUUUCACGUUUGUGGAUUUCUGGGCACCUUUAUGCUGUGACGGAGAGAAAGAGGGAGCAAGGAUGAUGCGUCUUUCGUGUUGCAUAGCCCUGCUGUUCGUGUUGAGGCUGCUGGCGGGCCUGCCGUGGUACCAGGUUCUCCCGGGCAUCCUGAUCUUCUACCUCGGAAGUGGAGGAUGGAGCUUCCUGGAGAUUUUUGCCAAAACGAUUGGCAGGGACUUACAUGCAGCGUAUGUCUUGUUGCGGGUGAAGCUGAAUGUCAGGCGUCAUGUCAGAGAGAAGAACACUAUACCUAAGAUUUUUGCUGAAACGGUGCAGCGUCACGGGGACAAAACGGCGCUCAUCUUCGAGGGGACCGGAGAGAGGUGGACCUUCCUACAGCUGGAUGAAUAUUCCAACAGAGUGGCUAACUUCCUGCUGGAACGAGGCUUCAAGGAGGGUGAUGUGGUGGCCCUGUUCAUGGAGAACCGGUCCCAGUACGUGGGCCUCUGGUUAGGCAUGGCCAAAAUUGGAGUUGAAGCUGCUCUCAUCAACUUCAAUCUGAGACUUGAGGCUUUGGUCCACUGUGUCGCCAUCUCCAACUCCAAGGCUGUGAUCUUUGGUUCGGAGCUAACUGACGCGGUCUCCGAGGUCCACAACUCGAUGGGGAAGGCGGUGCAGAUGUUCUGCUCUGGGGACUGGGACCCCAAACGAGUCCCACAGGGAACCGAGUGCCUCGAACCCCUGCUGGCCGGCGCCUCGUCCCGCCGACCUUGCCUGCCUCGCCCGCUGCAGCGCUGCUUCACAGAUCGCCUGUUCUACAUCUACACAUCAGGAACCACAGGGAUGCCUAAAGCUGCUAUUGUUGUGCACAGCAGGUACUACCGCAUGGCAGCUUUGGUUUAUUAUGGCUUUAGGAUGACCUCAGACGAUGUGAUGUAUGAUUGCCUUCCGCUCUAUCACUCUGCAGGAAACAUUGUGGGGGUGGGUCAGUGCAUCAUACACGGGAUGACCGUGGUGAUCAGGAAGAAGUUCUCUGCCUCGCGGUUCUGGGACGACUGUGUCAAAUAUAACUGCACCAUUGUGCAGUACAUCGGAGAGAUUUGUCGAUAUCUACUGAACCAGCCGCUUCGGGACACCGAGCGCCAGCAUCGGGUGCGCAUGGCGCUGGGCAACGGCCUGCGCCAGUCCAUAUGGGAGGAGUUCAUGAACCGCUUCAACAUCCCACAAAUAGCCGAGUUUUACGGAGCCACAGAGUGCAACUGCAGCUUGGGCAACUUUGACAACAAGGUUGGAGCAUGUGGCUUUAACAGUCAGAUUAUGCCCUUCAUCUACCCCAUCAGACUGGUGAGGGUUGACGAAGAGACCAUGGAGCUCAUCAGGGGACCCGAUGGCGUCUGCAUCCCCUGUAAACCCGGCGAGCCCGGCCAGCUCGUUGGCAGAAUUAUUCAGAAUGACCCUCUUCGCAGGUUUGACGGCUACGUCAACCAGUCUGCGACGAGCAAGAAGAUCGCUCAUAGCGUGUUCAAGAAGGGAGACAGCGCCUACCUUUCUGGUGACGUGCUGAUCAUGGAUAGGUAUGGUCACAUGUACUUCAAGGACCGAACGGGAGAUACUUUCCGCUGGAAAGGAGAAAACGUCUCGACGACUGAGGUGGAAGGAACACUAAGCAGACUGCUGGACAUGAAAGAUGUAGUUGUUUAUGGAGUAGAAGUACCAGGAGCAGAAGGAAAGGCUGGGAUGGCGGCCAUCGCUGAUCCGUCUCAAUCCGCUGACCUGGAGAAGUUUGUGAAGGACAUGGAGAAAGUUCUCCCUCCGUACGCCCGACCCGUCUUUCUCCGCUUCCUCCCAGAAGUCGACAAAACAGGAACAUUUAAAUUUCAGAAGACUGACCUGCGUCGGGAUGGUUUCAAUCCCUCUGCGGUGUCGGACAGACUGUUCUUUCUGGAUACCAGCAGAGGGCGCUACGUGCAGCUGGACGAAGAACUCUACCGCUCCAUUCUGUCAGGGAAACACAAAUUGUGACCACUACAUCGACACGUGCACACGCUGCCAUGCACACAAGUAACAAAUCUGAAAAGAGGACGAUGCGUGCCCAGGUUAACAGAACGAGUUUGCCCCUCUAAUAUAAUAAUGCAUUAGUCAUAAACAUUCAAAGGCCAGUUCGCACACAUGCAUAUUUUACUUCCAAACCUGCUUUGAUCGGUAAAAUCCAUAAAAAAUUACUCUGCACGGUGCUCCAUGCAUCCAUCAUGGCUGAAAAUCCCCCCCGCAACCCCUCUUGCUACUUGAGCAGACCAAAAAAAAAAAAAGAGGCACAAACCCCCAAACCAGGUCUGUUUGGUAACUUCUACAUUGCUUUGUUGAUUCACAGCCCUCUAAUUGUUAAUUUAUCAGACCAAAAAAAUUUUUUUUCUGGAAAAAGGGACGAGGAACUUAACGGAUACUGAAGAGAAAGAAUAAUUUCUUCUCGUUAACUUAAACGACAGAGCUGGGUGCACCUCUCGGUUCAUUUUAAUGUUGAUGAGAUUAGGUGGUUAAAGAUGGCGUUUUUACUUUUGACUUAACCUGCACAAAAAAAGCCAGAUGUGACAAACCUGGGUCCUUCCUUCAUCUUUGCCCCCCCCCCCCCUCCUCCUCCUCCUCCUCCUCCCUGUCGAACAGGACCAGCGUAAAGAUGUGAUCAGAGCAGCGAGCUUCGAUGUGAAAUUGGAUCAGUGGUUGAAGCUUUAACGUGCAAUAGAGCUCAAGCUUUUGCAGCGCAAUGUCGUGCUACAGAAGCAUGAGAACGGAUGGUUGUUUUUUUUGUUUGUUUCUUUAUUUUAAAUAUUUCUGCAACACCAAAUUUUUUUUUUUUUAAGUUGUAGAGUUUACAUAUUUUAAUUUAAAAAUAUUGAGUUGUACAAUGUGUUUGGCCUGA